GGUUUCGCAGUUUACGAGCACCUUUCGUAUCAAUCAUUAUAUACAAAUUUCGUUUUAGUAUUCAUCUUCUUCGAUUCCAAUUUAUUGUUUUCCCGUGCUUCGAUCGUAUCAAUCAUUAUUUUUCCUAACAGUUUUUUUCUAUUCGGAAUCUGGUUAUAUUUCGUCUACCGGCAGUGGUGCGAUAAGCCUCCGCGAUUACUCUACGUUUAUUUACGUAGUUGUUGUCGGUGAAAAAGGAUUUUGGCUGGGUUUAGGGUUUGUAGGUUCUGCCGUGCGAUGUAAUCGUAUGUUUUGAUGGUCUCCUGGUGUGUACGUGUUUGGAAUUUGAUUAUGUACUUAUGGCUAUUUAUGGAUUAAGUUAAUCUAGCAUAUCAACGGGUGUGGAGGGGUUCUUUGUGUAAACUGAGCUAAGGAGUACGUGUUGGAUGAGCAGUGGAUAUAUCAUGGAUCAGUCUGUAACUCUGUAUCAAUGAAUGCUUCUUUUGUGCUUUGUAUUUUUUCCCUUCCUGAUGGCCUGGUUACAUAAGAAGUAUCUCACUUAUUUAGGGUUUACUAUAGCUUCAUGUUUGCGUGAAAUAUGCUAUGAGCCUGAUAUUUUAUUAAUCAUUUACUAAUGUUAAAUUGUUUGUUUUACCGUUGUGUUUCACAUUGAUGGAAAAAUUACAGUUCUUUCUAUGAACUGUUCACAUUUAUUGGAGUACGAAGGUGAAAUUACAGUUCUUUCUAUGAAAUAUUCACGUUGGUUGGAGUAUGAAGGUGGUGCUUAUUGGUGCUACAGUUACUUCUGAUCAUUAAUUGGAUGCGUUUUGUUAUUUUAAUUAACCAUUUUGUGGACUGGGAUAACUAACAUUUUAUUGAGUCAGGAGCUAAUAGCCUCUAUUGUGGUAAUUGAUGAUUAUGAUAAAAGGGGAUACGGACUGAUUUUGUGAGCUACUGAGAGUGCUCCAAUAAGAGUGAUUCAUCAUCUCCCACCAAGCAUACUUCUGUAAAUGGUCUAUACCUUGGGAGGAGCUAGUGGCCAGAGUUCAGGGACAGUUUCUGAUGGUCGUGGUUGUUUCUUUUAUCUAAGCAAUGUCAGAGACUUCAGAGUAUGAAAUUAGAUCUACCCCAGAUCAGAUCAUUGGUAAUGCUAGUUCAAUGUGGUGAUUUUUGAUACAAAUAAAAUGAGCAAGAAAGGCCCUCUAGUUUUUCUGGACGUGUCUAUUGAUGGAGAUCCUGCUGAAAGGAUGGUUUUUGAGCUUUUCUGUGAUGUUGCACCUAAGACUGCUGAAAAUUUUCGUGCACUCUGUACAGGGGAGAAGGGAAUCAGUCCUAGAACUGGAAAAGCUCUACACUACAAAGGAUCCUUUUUCCAUCACAUUGUCAAAGGAUUGGUGGCUCAGGGUGGUGAUUUUCUUAAACGAGAUGGGAGUUGUGGAGAAAGCAUUUAUGGUGAGAAGUUUGCCGGUGAGACUCAUGAACAACCGUCCAAAUUAAAGCAUGAUGAGCGAGGUCUCCUAUCAAUGGCAGUGGCAGAUCGUGAUACACGUGGUUCUUUAUUUACAAUCACAUUCAGGGCCAAUCAUCAUCUUGACAGGAAAUAUGUAAUUUUUGGGAAACUUGUGCAAGGCUAUGAUGUUUUGAAGAAGAUAGAAAAUGUGGAUGGUGAAGAUGGGAAGCCAUCUGUGCCAGUGAAGAUUAUCAAUUGUGGUGAAUUGCUUGAGGAGAAAAAGAAAGCAAGUAAAUCAAAAAUUGGAAAGGAUGCUUCUUCGGAGUCUAAUAGUCAUCAAGUUCAUCGCAGGGGAAAGCACAAGAAAUCUUCAAGAGAGAGAAGAAAAAAGAGAAGAAGAUACUAUACAUCUGAAUCAGAUACUUCCUCAGAUAGUGAUAUGGAAUCAUCUGAUACUGAUUCUGAUUCUGAUUCUGACUCUGACUUUGACUCGUAUACAUCAUCAUCAUCAUCCGACUUAAGUUCUUCAAGUGAUGACAGGCGCAAAAAGAAAAAAGGAGCUUCUAAGAGAGACAGGUAUAGACGUGGAAAAAGGAAGGAUAGACGACGUGAGAGGAAGCGCAUGAAGCGGGAUAAGAAAUCAAAACACCGAUCAAAGAGGGCAUCUGAUGGUCGCCCUGAUGAAGAGAGUGAAACUGGAAGCUCAGAUGACGGUGGUACUGCUGUCAAGGCACCAGGUAAGAGCCAGAAAAACCAAGCUUCAAUCAGUGAUGGAAUACAGUCUCCUGUGAAGGAGAGAGCGGCUUCUGUUCCUCAAAAGGGGGAGGCAACUGAUAUCCUUGAGAGAGAAGAGGGUGAAUACCCGAAGGAAAAUGGAGAGUGGCAGAGCAAUGGAGUAGAAGCGGAAACUAAAUCUAACAGAAGUCCAGAUAGCCCUGAUAUUGUAGAUGAUCACCCUGGGAAAUCUAGGAGCAGAAGUAUUAGUCCGAAAAGGACCAUGAGCAGGAGCAGGAGUAUGAGUAUUAGUCCAAAAAGGAGUUUGAGCAAGAGCCAGAGUGUGAGCAGGAAUCGUAGUGUUGAUAAAAGCCCUCCACGAGUCUCUCGGAGUAACAGCAGAAGCCCUGUAAGAAGUGUCAGCACCAGUCCUGUAAGUGGCAAGAUGGGAAGAAGUAUCAGCAGGAGUCCUGUUAGAGCCCGACCCGGAAAAAGCAUUAGCAGGAGUCCCACAGCAUCCCCACCAAGAACUUCAUCAAGGAAGUCAUCACAAAAGUCAAUGAGCAGAAGCCCUGCGAGAACUGUAAACAGAAGUGUUAGCAGAAGUCCUGUUAGAUCGUCUCGAAGAAGUAUUAGCCGAAGCCCUGUUAGAUCAUCUCGAAGAAGUAUGAGCAGAAGCUCAGGUAGGGUCCUGUCUAGGAGAAGCCCUUUUAGGAGUCCAGCCAGGGCACCUAUCAGGACUAAUCGUCGCAGCUAUUCAAGGAGUCCUGUAAGUGCAAGGCAGAGAGCUAGAUCUCCUGUUUCUGAUCGUGGAAGGAGUAUAUCAAAAAGUCCUUCAGCAAAUGGUUCACCUAAGCGCAUCAGGAGGGGAAGGGGUUUCAGUGAGCGAUAUUCUUAUGCACGUAGAUACAGAACCCCAUCUCCAGACCGUUCUCCUGUGAGAUCCUAUCGUUAUGGGAGUCGGAAUGAUCGUGACAGAUAUUACAGGAGAUCCCCAAGACGCUACAGGAGCCCACCCAGAGGGAGAACUCCUCCAAGAUACAGAAGCAGAAGAAGCAGAUCCAGGAGCCCUGCAUCGCGAAGCCCAAUCCGCUAUCGAGGUCGGCGUUAUAGCCGCAGUCCCAUUCGCAGCCGUUCUCCAGCUGAGGCAUCUAGAUUCCGUGAUCCUCCUAGCCAGAGGUCGCCGUCCAUUAGCAGGAGUUCGUCGGUAUCAAGGUCCUCACUCGACUCGCAAUCGCCUAGGCGGGGAAGCAAAGACAGGUCAAGAUCAUCUUCUGGAAGCCCCACCGGAAAGAAGGGCUUGGUCUCUUACAGAGACGGCUCCCCAGAUGAUUGAUUUGUGGACGAGUUCUUGACAUGACCGCGAUGAGAUUAUUAAUCAUUUCUGGUUGGAAGGUUUCGAGGCGAUGGAAAGAGAGAGACGAGGAGGCCAAAUUGAUCUAAUUGGGGACAUCUCGUACUCAUUUUUCUUUUUUAAUGAGGUCUGGUUUCAGGCUGUUAUGUAUGGAUUUGUUACCGUUAAAAAUGUCGGCUAGAGUGAGUUUGGGGUAGUUGAAGUUGUUUGUGGUGUGUUCUGGUAUUGAACUUCUUCUGGUUAGGUGAGAGGAUGGAUGGACAUAUAUAAUAUAGCUAGCUUUAAGAGGCUGUAGGACGGUUGGGUUACAUGGAUGUUGCCUUAUAUUUUGAAUAACUGGCCCCGUCUCAGUUAUAUUUUUAACUUUUGGAAUC